UUACAUAACCACCCUCCCAAUUUCGCUCUCGUCUUCACAAGCUCUUCACAGUCUCGCGUGACGUUUAUUAAUUUUUUUCUUUCAAUUUUUGGAUAUUUUAAAUUAUUUUUGGUUUAAAUUUUGGGAACAAAUAACGAAUCGCUUAAACUCACUCACUCAAUUCAAAACCCAAAUCUCGUAUGUAUGGCCUUUCACGUCGCUUGCCCAAUUACAUGCCGUCGAAUCUGCUACUGCGCGCUAGGGUUUCCCCGGAAGCUGCAGAGCGAGAAGGCACGGAAUGGUUUCUUGGAGGAGGUGGCUAGGGUUGGGGAGUUCUUGGAGGACCCGUGGCUGAUUAAAGUUAGGGAGAGGGACACCGUUCAGGUCGCUGUUCCUAAGGUUGUUGCGCCGGCUCCGCCACCGGUGACGGCGGUAGUGGCGGUGGCAGAUGGAGGUAGUGGAGGCGAUGGAGAGGAGUUGCUUUCCGCGCAGACGAAGAGGGCUGCGAUGCAGAGGAAGGCGGCUGCCGCGUCGUUGGUGGCGGAGGAUUAUGCUCGGCGGUUUGAGUCCGGUGAUUUGGUGCAGGAUGCCCCUAAAGAUCUUCCUGGAGAAGAGCAAGGUCAGUCUAAUGUCAAAGUUAUGUGUAGGCUUUGCUUUUUUGGUGAAAAUGAAGGAAGUGAGAAAGCAAGAAAGAUGUUGUCAUGCAAAAGUUGUGGCAAGAAGUAUCACAGGAACUGCCUGAAAGCUUGGGCUCAACAUAGAGAUCUUUUUCAUUGGAGUUCGUGGACUUGUCCCUCUUGCCGAAUUUGUGAGGUCUGCCGAAGAACUGGAGAUCCAAACAAGUUCACGUUCUGCCGAAGGUGUGAUGGUGCAUACCAUUGUUACUGCCAGCAGCCUCCACACAAGAAUGUAAGCAGUGGACCUUACUUGUGUCCUAAACAUACCAGGUGCCACAGCUGUGGAUCUACUGUAUCAGGAAAUGGUUUAAGCACAAGGUGGUUUCUAGGGUAUACUUGCUGUGAUGCUUGUGGAAGAUUGUUUGUGAAGGGAAACUACUGCCCUGUUUGUUUGAAGGUCUAUAGAGAUUCUGAAUCAACACCUAUGGUAUGUUGCGAUGCUUGUCAGCGUUGGGUGCACUGCCAGUGUGAUGGCAUCAGCGAUGAAAAAUAUAUGCAGUUUCAAGCAGAUGGAAAUCUUCAAUAUGUAUGUGCCACAUGCCGUGGAGAGUGCUACCAGGUUAGGGAUGUUGAGGAUGCCGUUCAGGAGCUUUGGAGGAGGAGAGACAAAGUUGACCAAGAUUUGAUAGUGAGCUUGAGGGCUGCUGCUGGAUUGCCAACCCAAGAAGAAAUAUUUUCUAUCUCACCUUUUUCAGAUGAUGAAGAAAAUGACCCUAUUAUAUUAAAGAAUGAAUAUGGCCGUUCUUUAAAGUUUUCUCUCAAAGGUUUAGUUGAUAAGUCGCCAAAGAAGACCAAGGAAUAUGGGAAGAAAUCUACAAACAAGAAGUACGGUAAGAAGAAGGGAUAUCUUCCUUCUUUAGUCAGUAAAAUGGAAGCACAUCAGAGUUUCGAAGGACAUAGUGGUACGCCAUCACUUGGAUACAGCGGGGGUGAUGACAAGAACGAUGACAUGCAGUCCCACAGAAGUGGAGAACUUUUUUCUUCUCCUGCUGCUGAAAGUUUGACUGAAGGGAUAUGCUCUAUCAAUCAGGCAGGGGUCCUGAAACACAAGUUCAUUGAUGAAAUUGCAGUGAGUAAUGAUAAUAGGAAAUCAAGAAUGGUUCAAAUUAAAAAUAUUAAAUCUCAUGGCAUGGUUAGUGGAGAUGACAUUGAAAAAAAUGCUAUCAAGUCGAUGACUUCAAAGGGACCGAAGUUAGUUAUACACUUAAGUGGGCGAAAUAGAAAUGUUACUAAUUCUCCGGGGUCUGAUGCUUCAAGCUAUCAAAGAGAGCAGGAGUUGACAACUUCUAAUGGGAGCGGAGAUAUUGGCCAACUACAAAUGACUGACCGGCGUAUGUUGGAAAGACAUGAUGCUACAGCUAAAUUUGCCAAUGGUAAAGGAGAUAUAGUUGAUUACUCUGAUGAAUUAAAGGUCUCUAAGUUUGGAAGAGAAGGCAACUUGAUAAAGAUCAGAAACAUUAACUCAGAAGUUUCUGACAUGAAACCUAAAUUUGGUGAAGGGAAUCUGGCUGAUGGAUAUGAAGCUGUUUCACUGGUGAAACCACGUGUUUCAUUGGGAAAACGAAGCAUUGAAGGAAGCGCAGCUAUGCCAGGGACUGAAACUGAAGUCCCUGCAGUACGGAGUGACAAGGCAUCUUUAAAGAAGCAUACGGAAGGUAGGCUUGAUGCAUCUCGUGAUUCCAUUAAUGACAACAGCCGCACACCUUCAGUCUUGCAUUCUUUACCAAAGGAUUCCAAGCCUUUACUGAAGCUUAAAUUCAAGAAUCCUUAUCACGAAAAUCAAACUUCCUGGGCUCCUCAUGGUGAGGAAGAGAAGAGUUUUGUUAAGGGCCAAAGGUCUAAAAGAAAGAGAUCAUCUCCCUUCAUGGAUAAAACAUCAACUAAGGAAUAUGAAGAUGCCGCACAAUGGUAUGAAGGAAGUACAUUGGAUGAUGAGAUCAUGGAUGCUAAUUGGAUACUGCAGAAGUUGGGAAAAGAUGCAAUUGGAAAGAGAGUGGAAGUUCAUCAGCCUUCUGACAAUACAUGGCACAAGGGAAUGGUAUCUGAUGUCAUUGAAGGUGCAUCAAUUGUGUCUGUUGCUCUAGAUGAUGGAAGGGCUAAAAACUUGGAACUCGGGAAGCAAGGAAUUCGCUUUGUUUCUCAAAAGCAAAAGCGGUAAGACGCACAGAGGUUGAAGUUAUUUUCUGGAUAAUUACAUCAUACAGAGAGACCUUCCAUUUCACCAGUGAGGAGUUCUCGAGAGCAAAAACAGUCAAAAGUAUGGGCGAUUGUUUCAUUUUGAGACUUCUGUUUCAGGGGUGUGGAUCAUUUAUCGCGCGUGUGGGCUUUUGGCUAUUUCAAUGCAGCAUAGUGGUUGUUAGGGUUUGGUUGUAUCAAGAGCUAAACCAGGUUCUAAUCUGAGGCAGGCACACCUUUUUUUCUUUAUUUUUUUCUUCUCUUCAUGUAAUUUAGAUUUUUGUGUCUCUCUUUCUCUCUCGUUAUAUUUUCUUUUCAUUGUAAGUCUCAGAAAACACCUCUACGUAUGUACUGUAACUCUGUAACUUAGUAACAAAUAUGUUAGCUCAUAGCUUGUGGGCAGUUAGUGGGUCUUCAUGUAAUAGCAUUUUCAUUCAGAUAGAAGAUUUGUUGAAAUUGUCCAAUGUAAUGAUUUUUUUAUUUUUAGUUUUAAUUUUCCCCUUCUUGACGGGCAGAGUAGUGAUGUAAGGCUCACUGGGGUUGGCUGCCACCUCUUUUGUAUGUAAUUUCUUGUUUUUUCAAGACUCUUCUGCUAAAAAAAAAAUUCAGAAGUUCUUUUUCUUUA